AUGUAUGUGAUGACGCGCAUGGGAUUCGGUCUCUCCAUCGCGCCUAAGUUCAUGGACAUGAUCGUGCGCUGGGUCACGCGGAAGUGGCCUGGAGUCGACAAUUACGUUGACGACAUCCUGACGCCGGCGCAGAUCCGCGAAGCCGUGGCUGCGGAGCUGCUACGCUAUGGCCUGCCGACUAAGCCUGCCGAGUCUCUGCCGUCUGCCCGCGUGCUUGGCCUACAGCUGUCCACUUCGGCGGCCGACGUGGUCAACUGGGCACGCCGCGACGGUGCCGACCUCAGCUUCGACCGUCCGCUGACGAAGCGUGGCGUGUUCAAGUGGACUGGACGUCUGACCAGCCACUACCCGGCUCGCAUGCGCGGGGAUCACUGGGAUGUUGCCGUGUCCGACGCUACCGUCCGGUGCUGCGAGGACCUAGAAGCGAAGGUCGCAAGCAGCGAUCCAGUACAUGGCGUAUGGAACGUCCCGUCGACGGCUGUCGGCGACUGGGCCGUGUUCUGCGAUGCGUCUGACCUGGCAGUAGGAAUCGUCCUGCAGCUCGACGGCAAGGUCAUCGAGGACAGCUCGUGGCUGAGAGACGCGAACGACAGCAAGCACAUCAACGUCACUGAGCUUGACGCCGCGCUCCGCGGCUUGACGCUUGCUGCAGAGUGGAAGCUGGAGGCAGUUCGGCUGAUCACUGAUUCGAAGACGGUGUUCGGAUGGCUGGAACAAGUCAUCGGCAACGUCUGCCGUGUGAAGGUGAGCGGUCUUCACAAGGUACUCGUCCAGCGCGGCCUUCAAAUCAUCGAAGACCUGGUUGAGUCGACCGGCUUAGCUGUCAAACUAGAGUGGGUCCGAUCCGAGCAUAACCCGGCCGACCGGCUGACCCGCGUGCCGUCGGAGUGGUUAAGGUGUCAGAGAGCGGCAGCCAAGGAAACCGCCGUCGGAGCCGCCACUGUUCCAGCGGUAGUCGGCCCUGUGUCCAGAGAAGAGAUCACUAGAGGUCAGCUUGUUGAUGCUGACAUUGCUUCCGCUACUGAGCUGAUCGAGGCUGGCACGCCUGAGUUGAUCGCCGGUCCGUUCAAGAAAGUCAGCAAGCAGCUUGUGAUCAACGGUGGCGUCCUCUGCCGAAGCGUCAAACUGCCCGUCGAAGGCGUGGUAGCGGUGCCCGUGGUCCCGACCAAGCUUGUCCCGAAGGUCGUAAAAGCCGCCCAUUGCGCAUCUGGACAUGCCAGUUGGGGCGCGAUGUACGAGAUGCUACGCAGUCGCUGUUACUUUCCGUCAAUCGCCGAGAGCUGCCAGAGUCACUGCCAAAGCUGCGAGCGAUGCAGAGCAGCCAGCGGGCAGAGAGGAGCAGCAACGCCGCAGACCAGAACGGAAGUCCCAGGCCGCCCGUGGAGUGUUGUGCAGAUCGACACGCUGGAACUUGGUGCGGAGAAGAGCGGCAAAUUUAACUGCGUGCUUGUCUGUAUUGAUGAGUUCAGCAAGUGGGCUGAGGUUGUGCCUCUUCGCCGUCACGACGCGGAGUGUGUCGCCGCCGCGUUCACGACGAUCUGCUGCCGCUGGGGUCCGCCGGACAUCGUUCGCAUGGACAAUGGCACGGAGUUCAGGAACGCCAUCUGCGAUGCCCUCUUCCAGCAGUUCGGCGUGGAAGUCAGAACCGGAGCGGUGCGACACCCGCAGUCCCAAGGAGCUGCGGAGCGUAUGAACAGGACGCUAAUCACCUUGAUGCGGAAGGUGCUGUUAGAAGCGUCUGACUGGAAGUCUGAGCUGAGGCUCCUCCUCCUCUACUACAGGACGCGCCCGCACUCUGCAACUGGCGUUGCACCGAUGGUUGCCAUGACUGGCUGGCUGCCGCGAGAUCUCAUCGUUGCAACUGAUCAGGAGGCGUGUAGCCUCAGCACAUGGGUGACGCGGCUAGGAGAGCGGACAGCCCGAGUUCGUGACCUCGUUAAAGCAGAGUUCUCUACGACCGAUCCUGUCGUCGAAGUCUCUGAACAGUCGGCUUAUGACGUUAUCAAUGCUGACCUUCUGAAGCCCUCACCAUCACAACCUGUCGCGGCUGGUGACCCAUCCGACGGCGAUGACACACUUGCCGAGCACGGCGUGGAGCCGAUUGCUGGCCGGCAAGUCUACGGUCUGCGCGAUCGUCGUGACGUCCGUCCCCCCGCUCGCUAUGCGUGA